AUAGAAUUUACUGAACGAUAGGGGGAUGAAAGCUGCUUGCGUAUAAAUACGGUAAGACGGCCAAGAAAUCAAGAGUUCACCUUCAACCCUCAGACGCGCUCAACAAAAAUGAAAUUGCUGCUGUCGUUCUUGCUACUUUGCUUGGCCUGCCUGGCCACCGGCGUCAGGCCGCCGAUGCCGUACGCCCGUCAAGCUCGGGCCCGCUACGUCCCGUUGUUUUACGCCAACGGAAUUCCGGCCGGCUACGAUUUCUUCAACGACGACAGCAAGGCUGAAGAGAUCCUGCCGAGGAACAACAUCAACGACACGCCAUUGGGUCGCCUGUUCGGUAACAUUCUCUCGCCCAUUUCCAAUUUAAUUACCAGGACGUCGACGACGACCGUAGUGGCCGUGACGACCGUCACAUCGGCGGCGUAUGUCACCUGCAUCCCGUUGGCCGAGUUCUCGAUUGUCGCACCAGCCGUUGUAGAUCCGCCAACACCUGCCGUUCUCGCCACUACGGCCUGCGCCCGCCGCCGUCGCGACGUCUCGGCUCUUUUGGGUGAAACCGUCGACAUCAUCCAACCAGCUCUACCAUUGCCAAUGGAGACCAGUGUGAUCCUUGAUACUCCGCUGAUGCAAGACCAGCCGGAACUGGCGUCUUCCAAAUCGGACGAAGAAGUUGUGGAGAAGGCGGAAAUCCGUCUAGGAAGUCCUCCGGUCACGACCACCAAGCUGGUGACCGUUUCUUCCACGUCUUUCGUAUUUGUUCCUCAGACCAUCACGUCCACUAAAGAAUUAACCGGGGCUGCCGGUCUGAAAUGCCUUCCGUCCGGAUUCCUCGCCUGUGCCGCUUAAAUGUCAUUUUCAACUCAGGAAUAACCAACUUUUUUCUCAUUUAAAUUUCGAUUGAUUUUUAUUCGGGUGGCUCAAUGAAAAAAAAAAUUUCAGGUUUUUGUGUCCUCUUGAUUUCCCUUUUGAAUGUGUGACGAUGAAUACAAGAAUAAGUUAUAUAA